UUCAGCUGGAGCUCCAGACUGAGCCUGCACAUGAGGACCCACACAGGGGAGAGACCCUACGAGUGUGGGGAGUGUGGGAAGAGCUUCAGCUACAGAUCCAGCCUGAUAAGUCACCAGAGGAUCCACACUGGGGAGAGACCCUACGAGUGUGGAGAGUGUGGGAAGAGCUUCAGGUACAGCUCUGAUCUGAUCAGGCACCAGAGGAUCCACACUGGGGAGAGGCCCUACGAGUGUGGGGAGUGUGGGAAGAGCUUCAGCUGCAGCUCCCGACUGAUGAGGCACCAGAGGAUCCACACUGGGGCACGACCCUACGAGUGUGGGGAGUGUGGGAAGGGCUUCAUGUGGAGCUCUGAUCUGAUCAAUCACCAGAGAAUCCACACUGGAGAGAGGCCCUACGAGUGUGGGGAGUGUGGGAAGAGCUUCAGGUACAGCUCUGGCCUCAUCGAGCACCAGAGGAGCCACGCUGGGGAGAUGCCCUACGAGUGUGGGGAGUGUGGGAAGAGCUUCAGGUACAGCUCCCAGCUGAUCCGGCACCAGAGGAUCCACACUGGGGCACGACCCUACGAGUGCGGGGAGUGUGGGAAGAGCUUCAGGUUUAGCUGGAACUUGGCCAGCCACCAGAGGACCCACACCGGGAAGAAGCCCUACAAGUGUGGGGAGUGUGGGAAGAGAUUCAGUGUGAGCUCCAACCUGAUGCUGCACAAGAGGACCCACACUGGGGAGAGGCCCUAUGAGUGUGGGGAGUGUGGGAAGUGCUUCAUUCAGAGCUCCAUCCUGAUCCUGCACAAGAGGACCCACACCGGGGAGAGGCCCUACGAGUGUUCCAAGUGUGGGAAGAGGUUUCAGAGCAGCUCCCAUCUCCUCCGGCACUAUCACACUCACACAGAGGAGAGGCCCUUCCGCUGCCCCGACUGUGGGAAGGGAUUCAGGCGGAACUGCCACCUCGUCAGGCACCGGAGCCUCCACAAUGGGGAGAAGCCCUACGAGUGUGAUCAAUGCAGGAAGAGGUUUCAGAGCAGCUCCUGUCUCCUCCUGCACUAUCGGAUUCACACAGAGGAGAGGCCCUUCCGCUGCCCCGACUGUGGGAAGGGAUUCAGGUACAACUCCUCCCUUGUCAUCCACCGGCGCACCCACACUGGGGAACGGCCAUACAAGUGUGGGGAGUGUGGGAAGAGCUUCACCUGCAGAUCUGCUUUGACCAGACACCAACGGAGUCACCGCUAAGGGAAGCCCUGCGAGUGCCCCGAGUGCGGGAAGAGCUUCGUGCGCUGCUCCAGCUCCAUCCCCCACUGCAGGAGCCACGCUGGGCACAGCCCUGGUGAGCCACAUUGCCUGUGAUCCGUGCUGGGAGCACACCUGGCUGCUCCUCUUUUUGGUUUGGCCUUAAUUUUUUUAUACUGUGUCGCUUAAAAACUGCCAUAACUGGCUUAAAUGAAAGAAAUUGAUUGAGCUUAUAUGAAGUUGCACCAUUUCUUAGGUUUUUGAGGAAGAAUGCUAAUAACUGCUCCCUUGACCCAAACCCUGGGAUACCCUAUAAAAACCCCUGAGCCCUGCCUUUGCUUUGUCUUUUGGGGGUAAGAAAUGGAUUCUGGAGCUUUCUGAAACCAAGUCGUACCUCGUUUGUUCCAGGCACCGGCAGCUGCAGCCUCCCUGGGCACUGUGAGCUCUGGAGAAUGGGAGCAGCCAUUGAGGGCGUGUCCUGGAUUGCAAGCUGAGUGUGUGUUCUGUGUUCUGUUUGCCAUCUGUCAUCGGUGGGGCACAAAUCUCCUUUUCCUUGGGCAGUUUAUCUCUUCCACAGCCAAUCCUCUCUCCAGGAGACAUCUUCUGUCUGUGAGCCAUUGAUUAUUAAUUAUCUGGUGUUAACGGGUGUUUGAGUGUCACUGCCUGGCUGAUAAAAUGACUUCAUCCCAUUGGGAGAUGCUCCACCCAGUGGGAAUAACCAAGCAUUCCUUGGCGGGUGGAAUCUGAGCAGAUUUUCCUUACUGGAUUUCCACUGGAGCAGGCUUUUCCUACUGGAUUCCCAUUGGAGCAGCCCUUUUCCCACUGGAUUCCCAGAGGAUCAGCCCUUUUACCACUGGAUUCCCAUUGGAGCAGCCCUUUUCCCACUGGAUUCCCAGAGGAUCAGCCCUUUUACCACUGGAUUCCCAUUGGAUCAGCUUUUUUGUGCUGGAUUCCCAUUGGAUCAGCCUUUUUUACUGGAUUCCCACAGGAUCAGCCUUUUGGUACUGGAUUCCCACAGGAUCAGCCUUUUGGUACUGGAUUCCCAUUGGAUCAGCCCUUUUCCCACUGGAUCCCCACAGGAUCAGCCCUUUUCCCACUGGAUCACCACAGUCUCAGCCUUUUCUACUGAAUUUACAUUGGAGCAGCCUUUUCCCACUGAAUUCCCAUUGGAUCAGCCCUUUUCCCACUGGAUCCCCACAGGAUCAGCCCUUUUCCCACUGGAUCACCACAGUCUCAGCCUUUUCAUAUUGGACUGCCAAAGGAUCAUCCCUUUUCCCAUUGGAUUCCCAGAGGAUCAGCUCUUUUCCCACUGGAUUCCCAUUGGAUCAGCCCCUUUUCCCACUGGAUUCCCAUAGGAUCAGCCUUUUCCCACUGGAUUCCCAUUGGAUCAGCCCUUUUCUACUGGAUUCCUAUUGGAUCAAAAUUUCCCACUGGAUUCCCAUUGGA